AUGGCAACACCUCGUAUCUCAGCCUACCUCCCCCCUGAUAUCGACCCCACCAAAGCUGCUGUGGCGUUUGGGAGGAGAGCCCUUCCUAAACUGAACGAGGAGCUGCAGGCUCCCGAGCUGCUGACACAGCAGCGGGCGCUGAUGGCUCUCUGCGAUCUGGUCCACGAUCCAGAAAAAGUCUACCAGGCAAUAGCACUGGGAUUCUUGGACAGCCUGAAGAAUUUGCUGGUGCAUCAAGAUCAAACUGUCCGGCAAAAAACAACAGAAGUUCUCUCUAUAAUGGCUUUGCACAGUAUUGGCAGGGAAGGGCUAAUACGAAGUGGAGUCAUUUCUGCCCUCACUGGGCUCCUGGAUGAUCCAGUAGACAUCUGUCGGAAGAACACCCAUCAGAUUUUUGACAGGCUGGCAAAAUUACCUGAAGGUGCUGCCGGUGUCCUGAGGGCUGCUUUGGUUCCCCCACUGCUCCUGAAGUUGGAGACGGAGUUGGAUGAGAUCCAGGAGCUGAUCCUUGAAACACUCUCCAACUGUCUCCGUGUGGAGGUUUCUGAAGCCCUGGCAGCUGGUGCCCUUACUGUGCUGAAGGAAAAGCUCUCACACCCCUCUGCAGCCAUCAGGAGCAAAGCAGCCUGGGUCCUCUUAGAAAUCAGCUCUCAUGCUGAGGGCAAAAUGGCCGUGUGCAAGGAAGAGGUGAUUCCUGCCCUGGUGAGCCUGCUGGAAGACACUGAGCCCCAAGUUCAAGGUCACUCAGCAGGAGCGCUGAUGUUUGCUAUUGUUCCACCUCAGGGGAGAUCCUCAGCCAUGGGUGCUGAGGCCAUUCCACCUUUACUGACGCUGGUUGCUGAGGAAACCAGCAAAGCGCGUUUGAAUGCAAUCAAAACGCUCACCCUGCUGGCUGAGCUGCCAGAGGGCCGCCAGGCGCUGCUGGAUCACAGGGACACAUUUCUGCAGUGCCUGCAUGAUCCCAGCGAGGCCGUGCAAAGAGCUGCCGAAAUCGCCAUCGCCGUGAUCGACUGGAAACCCUUCUGCAGCCGCGAUCUUUUCUAGAGAUCUAUUGCCCUCUGUUGUUGUCUGGCUGUAAAAGGUACAUGAUUAUAUGAGACCUUCAACACCACGACUCUUCCUCACUUACUCUGGAUCGGUCCCUCCUGAAAAGUCAUUUACAAACAUCUAUAUUGCAGGUCACAAGCAGAAAAAUGGAGAAGAAAAGUUAGGAAGUGUGGAGUUCUCCACUAGGAGUUAUUGUCCGAGUUACCAAGAUUUUCCUAUGAUACAAGACACCAACCCUUUCUGGUUUUGUUUUUUUCAUAAUCUUCUCUCCACUAAUCAAUAAUUAAUUAUAUUAGAAAGGUUCACAAUCAACCCCUCCAGCAGUCUUGUCUGUACUGACAAAUUGAUCUAACAACAGGGAUUUACAUGAAUUUUGCUGAAAACA